ACGAGCUCUGCACCGGUUCCACCGACACACUCAGAGAGAGAGAGAGAGAGAGAGAGUGUGUGUCAGAGUGUGUGCAGCAGAGAGGGAGAGAGGCAGAGAGACAUACACACUGACUGGGGAGGGAGACCAGACACAAACAUCUGAGUAGAUUUUGUUUUGGUUUGAAUCAAAGCAGAAGAAAAGAAGGAAAAUUCUGAGAGAAUAUCAGACAGACAGGUAAACCAGGUGACCCUCCUCUGACACUCCUCUGAUCAUGGACGACUACACUCUUCCCUUCUGGAUCUACACCGGGGUCCUCACUGUUUUUGUCUGUGGGGCCAUGAAGAAGAUUCUGGCUUCCCACCUGAGCGCCACCCCCACCUUGGUGGCCUGGCUGGGGGCCACUGUGCUGGUGGAGCGUCUGUGGGCGUUCUGCCUGCCAGCCAUGCUGCUGCUGGCGUUGCUUUUCCUCGCCUUCUGCAUCUACUUAGCCACCAGGACCGGCUCACCACCUGCCACUCUACCUGCCCACGGCAAGGCUGUAUUCAUCACAGGGUGUGACUCUGGUUUCGGCAAUGCCACAGCAAAGCGUCUGGACUCUCUGGGCUUCGAAGUCUUUGCCACAGUGCUGGACUUGUCGGGACAUGGAGCCAGAGAGCUGCAGAAGACCUGCUCCCCACGGCUCACCCUCCUCCAGGUGGACAUCACCCAGCCACAGCAGGUCCAACAGGCACUGCUGGACACCAAGGCCAAACUGGGCCUCAGAGGUCUGUGGGGUCUGGUGAACAACGCCGGCGUGUGUGUGAACUUCGGAGACGCCGAGCUCUCCCUGAUGUCAAACUUCCGCGGCUGCAUGGAGGUCAACUUCUUCGGCACGCUGAGCGUAACCAAGAGCUUCCUGCCGCUACUGAGACACGCCAAAGGUCGCAUCAUCACCAUCUCCAGUCCUGCUGGUGAUCAGCCAUUUCCCUGCCUGGCAGCGUACGGCGCAUCAAAAGCAGCACUCAACCUCUUCACCAACACUCUGAGACACGAGCUGGAGCCCUGGGGGGUCCACGUCUCUACCAUCCUGCCCUCCGCUUACAAGACAGGUCAGUCCAGUAACCACGCCUACUGGGAGGACCAGCACCAGCGACUCCUGCAGAGUCUGUCUCCAGCGCUGCUAGAGGAGUACGGGGAAGACUACGUGGCUGAGACCAAGGAGCUGUUUCAGAGCCACGCUCGCCAGUCCAACCCCGACCUCAGUCCUGUCGUGGACACCAUCGUCCAGGCCCUGCUGUCGCCGCAGCCCCUGGCGAGAUACUACGCGGGGCCUGGCGUUGGACUCAUGUACUUUAUCUACAGCUACUGCCCGUUCAGCAUCAGCAACCGCUUCCUCCAGAACCUGUUUGUGAAGAAGAAGGUGAUGCCGCGCGCUUUGAGGAAGCAGUCAGGCUACAAUCUGAACCUCAGCCUCCACAACAACAACAACAACAAUGAGGAGAAACUAAAAUGAGACUGUAGAGAGUCCCUGCAGCCAUAGAGGACCACUUCUGUAUCACACUCAUAGAGCUGUUUCCUUUUUUCUAUUUGAAACUGUUGAAGGGAUCAUAGAGAUGCACCAAAAUGGUUUCUGUUUGUUCUGGUCUGGCCUCACAGCGCCCCCCUUUGGAGAGCAAGGACACAUCUGGAGGUUGGGGUUGGGGUCUGUUAGAGGUAAUAGUGCAGCCACAGAUGGAUGAAUGAGGUGAGCUGUACUGUACACCAACACCAAGAGUCACUCUGACUUCAUGUGCCUUCAUCACAGCAACACACAAAUGGUAUUAAACUCUACAGCAGCUUGUUUUUACCAGAUUUUUUCAGAAGAAACCACCAAAAACAGAUUAUUUUCUUAUCCUGUGGAUUCAGAGACACACUACAGCACUGUGUCUGCAGGUGUUGAAUUGCAUUUUAUGGUUUGAGCAUGUUACAGUCAUUUUUUACUCACCAGCUUCUCUUUAUUGUCCAGAUUGUAGACCGUAUGAGAGAAGUUUGCCUCCAUUUUUGUCAACAUCCAUUUAUAAAGCCACAUAUGACCAUCUUCAACCAAUAGGGUAUAUUGGUCUAGUGUCAGGACCCACCACCACAUCUAUAAUAUCAAACUGUGACCAUCAUUCCUGAAAAUUUCAGUCACAAGCAUUUUUUUUAUGGACAAGGGGCAGUUUGGACUUGAGAUGGAAUAAAAGAUGUCACGAAACAAAGAAAUAGAGACACACCCUUCAAAAAAAACUGACUUUAUGACACAUAUUUUCUUCCAAGCACACAUCUGUGACCCACUGAAAAUGGCUUUGUGACCCACUUUUGGGUCUAGACCCACCAGUUCAGAACAAAGGAUGUGAAAGACACAACCUCAAAGGGAUGUUUUGGUAUUUUUAAAGUCGGGUCUUAUAAGGUACUUGGCAAUAACAGUGGCAUUAGCCUCAGGUGACAUCAGUCUCUUUAAGCCUGACAUGCUUUUAGAGUGCUACAGGUGGGUAUAGUUGCUCCCUGUAAUCUAGAGCAGUGGUUCUCAACUGGUGGGUCAGGACCCAAAAGUGGGUUGCAAAGCCCUUUUCAGUGGGUCGUGGAUGUGUGCCUGGGGAAAAAAUUGCACUAAAUUGUCUAUGAGACUCUAUAAACAUGCAUGUUUUGUCCUGUUUCACUUUUGUUAUACCUUUUGUACUGUCUUAGGCCCAAGAUCUAUUAUUUUUUAUCAAAUACAUUUGAUGUACCAAAAAAUUCUCAAAAAUUUGAAUCGCAGUUCCGCUUGAGUAGUUGAUGGUGGGUCCCAUGACCCAACCAGUUGAGAACCACUGAUCUAGAGAGUUGUAGGUAAAAAUGGGCCCCCCCAAAAAACCAAUGUUGGCUCAAUUGUAUGCGAUAUCAAAAACAUUUUAAGUGUUUUAUUUUUCACCAGAAAGCCUUUGUGUUUGCAAUGCAAGCUUCAGCAUAUCCUCGGCAUAUCUACCCAGCUGUUUAGUUUUGUGAGCUUUCCACUCCAACAGCUGACAAAUUCUUUUCAAAAUGUAAAUAUAUUGCACAGACUGUAGCUUUAGAAUAAAAUGACAGCCGUAAACUUACUUUGAUGACAAGUUUCCAUUCAGCUCUUAUGGCACAGCAACAUUUCAAUAUACUGACAAAUGAGCCAGCAUUUUUUUGGUCCAUUUUUACAUAAAACUCACUAAAUUCCACAAAGCAACUGUACCCACCUAGUGCUGUAUGGCCUCGCUUCCAAAAAUGCUUAAAUGUCACAUAUUAUCAAAAAUCACUUUUUCAGGCUUUUCUAACAAACAUAUGUGCCCCUGGCCUGUCCACAAUCCCCUCGAGUAUCAGAAAAAUCCACUUCCUUCCCCCUUCUCUUUCUCCACCUUUCAGAAAAUGUGUGCUGAAACAAGUUGCUCUCAGAUUUUCCCCUCGUGAUUUCAUGUGGGGAGUAAGCAGGUUCUAAAACCAAGGUUGUAAGAAAACAUAUUGUUUUAAAUAUCUACAGCAAACAAUCAGCAGGGGGUUGGGCAAGGAAGCCUGAAACAGGAGGAAUACAUGAUAUGGAUGUGUAAUAUGAGCUGUUAUUAACAGAGGCAAACAUGUGGUUAUGAUAACCAAUAUUUUCUUUGAAAGCACAACAACCCCGCGGUACAUCAGGAGCCUAGAAACAAGCUGCUGUAGUGGCAACUACAACAAAUAUCCCACAUAUUUAUAUUUAUAUGAAACUUUAUUCCAUGUUGAUGAGAGAAUACACCGUCACCUGUAAACUCUGAGUCUGUGCAUUUUCACCCUUUUGUUUUUUCUGACUCAAAGUCACACUGAACCCUAAACACUCAAGCAAGGAAUCAGGUUCACGCACCUUAGAUUUUCACACUUUUAAAUUAUCUGAUUCAAAUACAUGGUUACAUAUCAAAAUUUCUCUCAUUUGACAUUUAAGAUUAAAGAAAAAGUAUUGAAUAGUUACCUACCCUUUUAGAAUUUAAAUGUAUGGAUCCUUAGAGGCUUCCAGACAUGGUGAGAUAUGGUCAGUCAGUUUUAUAUGGAGAUUUUAGCAUAAAUUCUAUAUUUUUUGCACCUUUGUCUGAAAGAAAACUAAACUAAGGCCUUUGUCAAGAACAACAAACACACGUUUUAGCAGCUGUGACCUUCACAAUAUUGUAAAUAUCAUGAAAACCCUACUUCCUGGUAUUUUUGUAUAUGUAUUUGGGUAUCUGGAGUAUCUACAGACCCCAGAAAUGUGGACCCAGUCCUUGGUUUUUGGUUCACUAAUGUCAGAGACAUGAAAUCUGAUAGCUUCCAUUGUCACAGUUGCCCCCUUUAUACAAUGUAUCGACAGGUAUUUGUUAUCUGUUUUGGGCAUUAAGACAGCGACUGGUCAUUUUUCAUGCUAUGUGUGGAUGCAAUGUGUACUGAAACCAGUUUUCAACAGCUCAGACUGAGUAUGGAGGCUGUCUGGGAGGCUUUCUUGCAGACUGGAUUGGUUGUGCAGACGUACCGUGCAUCAGCAUGCAUAAAAGAAAACGCCACAUUAACUCAUAUGAUCUGCGAUAUUUCACUAGAAUCAUGGCCUUUUUAUGUUUGUCCAGUCUUGUUUGGAGUGGUGGGAAUUGCAGCUCUUCUUUUUUGAUCUGGAUUAUUUGGCUCUGCUCAGUAAUUGCCCUUCAGGUGGUGUCAUUUUGACGUUUUUUAUCUUUUGAACAACAAAAAAGGAAAGUCUUUCAACAAGAGCUGGCUCCCAUCACACUCACAUGAACCAGCUCGUAGAACCAGUUCAUCUGCAAACAACACAUAAAGACCGCCUUUUAUCUUUAUGUCUUAAUUGAGUCAUCAUUUCUGCCUCCAAAAGAUGUAGUAUUUACUAGUUAUUACAUCACCAUGUCCUCAAAAUGAAGGAGAAAAGCUGUUAAAGAGGCACUGCUAGUGUCUUGGUUUGAGGGUAUUUCCUCCACAUUUCUUUGUAUCACCAGCAGCUUCACUGCACACAGCAUGUAGGGAAACCAACCGACUAUAAAAGAAUCAAAGUAUUAAUGUUUGGGCUGAUGUUUGCAUAAGUCACUGGGAAUCUGAGUGUCCAAAUCUGAUUGUUAUAAAAUGCAAACAGAUCCAAUGAGAGCCGUUAUAAUAAAAUCUACCUUUCAUCUGAUGUCUCCGCCCACAGCUGUGGAGGUAUGCAGCUAUACUCAUGUCAGCACACAGAGAAGAGAGGACAGGUGAGGAGGAGCUCAUUUAAAGAGGCACGCCAAAUCCAAGCAUUCUGAGACAGGCUGGUCUAUACAGGGUCAAAAACCUCCUCAGGUGGUUUUCCAUAUUUCAUUCACAAAAGCACAGCAUAUGCUUUUUAUUUUGACCAAAGGUGACUGAGUUAGAAGAUGAAAUUAGAAGGUGAAAGUGUACAAGAAAUACCUACUUUUUCUCCAUGUAUAAUGUCAUAAUUUAGAUUUUAAAUGGGUGUGGUGAGUUUUAAACACAAUUAUUUAAGGCUGUUUUGCAGGUGAGGAACAAAUGCACAGACUCUGCGUUUAAACACUGAGUUAUUCUUCAUAUUAAGGCUCCGUGAACAUAAUUCCAUCUCGAGGUGUUAUGAUUAAAUAUAUCAGAGUAAAUAAAAGCACGUAGCAGUUGUUUCCUAGCUGUGAUGAAUUCAACAAAACUCAAACAUCAUCUUUAUUCCAAAUGAAGCGGUCUUUCAUUGUGAUGCAGAGAAGAGUGUGAGACAGGGAAUAUUUUUGAUAAAUAUCUAUUUGCACUUGUAUGUUCAUUGAGUGUGUUGAUCUCUGUGGAAACCGUCCGUCUCUCAUCAGAUCCUCCAACAUUAUUGUUAUUAUUAUCUUGUUAUUAUUAUUAUGAUGUUGUUUGUUUGUUUUUUAGCCCACGUUUUGUUUUUGAAUCAAACUAUUUAUGACUCUUUUAUCAGCACUUCAACUGUGAAUUUUGUAUUUAAAGAAAUUUUUUAAAAACAACAAAAAAUAUGAUGUAAAAUGUUCUCUUGGUUUAUUCUUUGAUAGAAAUAAAGUUGACUUUUUCAGA